GGGCAUGGCAACAUGAGCAACGCUGAGAUCAUCGGUUCUACAAAUCUCAUUAUUCUUUUGGAGGAUGAAAUCUUUGCUGAUUUUUUCAACACAUUUCUUUCUCUCCCGGUCUUUGGUCAGACACCAUUUUAUAAUGUUGAGAAUGCGCAGUGGAGCUUAUGGCCAGAAAUACCUUACGACUUGAUUGCCAAGUACAAAGGAUUAUUGACCUGGUUGGAAAAAUACCGGUUACCUUUCUUCUGCAAAACAGACUUGUGUUUCCACUACAUUCUCUGUCAGGAGCUCAUCAGCUUUAUUAAGUCCCCAGAAGGAGCCAAGAUGAUGAGAUGGAAAAUGGCGGACCAGUGGCUCCUGGAAAAAUGCAUCGCUGGGGUCAGAGGGAUGUGGCGUUUCUGCUCCUACCUCAUGGGCAGUGCAGGUGAAGAGUUGCUGGAUUUCUGGAUCCUUGCUGAGAAGAUCCUGAGUAUAGACGAGACAGAUGAGUAUGUGAGAGACUACUACCUGUCCCUCCUGCUCAUGCUGAAGGCCACUCAUCUGCAGGAAGGCUCCCGAGUGGUGACUCUCUGCAACAUGAACAUCAAGUCCCUCUUGAACCUCUCCAUCUGGCAUCCCAACCAGUCCACCACCAGAAGGGAGAUCCUAAGCCACAUGCAGAAAGUGGCUCUCUUUAAAAUCCAGAGCUACUGGCUCCCCAACUUUUACACCCAUGCCAAGAUGACAAUGGCCAAUGAGGAAGCAUGUCACGGCUUAAUGCAGGAAUAUGAGACUCGCCUGUGCAGUGUCUGCUGCACGCAUGCAGGAGGGCUCCCUCUAAAUAUGAGCAUCAAAAAAUCCCACCAUUCCCAAAAGAAGUACUCAAGCAGGAAGGCCAAGAAGAAGUUGUGGCAGCUGAUCGACCCUAUCUUAUGGUCUCUGGAAACAGACCCCAAGCCGGAAGUCUCCAUUAAUCCCCAACAAGGGACUAGUCUUCCAGAAAACGUAGUUUUACAAAAGCCUUCUCUGGGAGAAGAUUCUUCACAAGAGGCAAUAAUCUAUUUCCUGAACAAGGAUACUCAUCACGCCAAGAAACCCACUGUGAAGAAAAAAUCCAAGAUCCAACUCCACAUGGAGGGCCUCUUUGAGACAACGUACUCUAACCACCUGAGAACUUCCACCCCCAUCAUCAACCACACUGCCCCGCUGGCGGUCAAGAAGUCCCCUAAGCAAGGCAUCUCCUUUGGCUACACUCACUGGGCCCUAUGUGCUGAUGCCUGUGCAGGGGGGCCAUUCCGGUAUCACCUGAAGAAGAUGAACAUGGAUGUGGAGGUAAAACUCCUGGACCUUUGGCAGGACCUGCAGCAUUUCCUCAGCGUUCUGAUGAGCAACAGGAGGAGUGGGAAUGCGCUCUUUCGUCACAUGCUUGGUAACAGAAUCUGUGAGCUCUACCUGAAUGAGCAGAUGGGGCCACCCGUACCACUCAAACCUCAGACCAUUCAGGGCCUGAAGAAGCUCCUGCCUUCUGGGGAUGUGAAUCCCUGGAUCCCCAAAGCCCAGAAGGAGAUCUGUAAGGUACUCAGUCCCUGGUAUGACGAAUUCCUGAACGAAGAGGACUAUUGGUUUCUCAUUUUCACAACUCAAACACGCUUCAUCAAAGCCCGGUGGCAUAAAAGAGAAGCCACAAGCAAAGAAGAGAACAUUCAUCUUUAUAAAAGGAUUCAGGAAUCACUGGUAUUAGGCCAGGGUUUGGCUAACUUACAGGAAAUGGAUUCUAUGCAGUGGCAAAAAGUGGCUACUGAGAACCUGAGGCAGGGCGGCUCUCUCCAGGUAGAACUGACAACAUCUCCGGUGUUCUUAGAAGAUGUAACCAAAAUGACCUUUGAGGAGCUCGCCUACAAGAACCCAAAGUUGGCCAUAGAAAAGAUCAGUGAAGACUACAAAAUAUACUGUGAAAAGGCACCUGCGAAAGGCUUUACAGUGGAAAUUAUUAAGCAGCCAAAACACGCAUCCUCACAACGGAAAACAUCCUUUGCUAGAAAAGCUGUCACAAGGAAGCCUUCCAUGAGACCAAGGAACUUGACAGAAAUCCUCCUAAAUUCUCAACACCUGGAGUGCUUCCGGGCGUUCCUCAGAGACCGGAAGGCUGAAAACCCACUGCUGUUCCUGAUAGCCGUGCAGAAGAUCAUGAUGGAGACCAAUGAAAAGACUUACAAGGCCGCUUUGGAAAAUAUAACCAAGACUUACUUCCACGGCAAGGUCCCUCCCGAGGAGAUGCUGCAAUGUGAUGCUCCUUUAAUCAAAGAAAUCAUCCACAUGCGCCACAUCACCACCACCACACUGCUGAUGCUCCAGGGCUACGUAAUGAAAUCUCUGGAAGAAAAGUGGUUUAAAGAAUAUCAAGACUUGUUCCCACAGCGCCCUGUGGAGGUGGAAGUUGAAGCACAUUCUGCCCCGCAAAGGAAGCCCUCAAAGGCAGCAGCUCACCUACAGGAAUCCCAGAGGAAAGGAUGGUUGAAAAUGAUCAGCUUCAUCAAGAGUUUUUGCAAUUACCGCAGAGUCAUGAAAAAUCCCAAGAAAUGCCAACAGUUAAUAGAUUUCAUUCACCUGGAAAUGUUCAACACCAAGGAGAAUUUCUCUGCAUCACCCACUAUUACAUCAGCACGUCACACCCCAAUAUCCCCUGGUUCUCGGAGCACAGAUCAAGAGAAUGGGGAAAUUUUCCUUAUCAAACGCCGGAUAUUUGGCCACAGAAUUAUCACUAUCAACUUUGCUGCUAAUGAUCUAUAUUUCUUUUCUGAAAUGGAGAAAUUUAAUGACCUGGUGAGUUCAGCUCACAUGCUGCAGAUCAAUAGAGCAUACAAUGAGAAUGACAUCAUCCUGAUGCGGUCUAAACUUAACAUUAUUCUAAAGCUUUUCCUGAUUUCUGAUGUCCCUCCAAAGCUGAGGGUCAACAUCUCUGAGUCUCAGAAGGAUAUCAUCUUGGCUGCCAUUACUGAAGGCCACCUAGACCGGACCAUCUUCCAUGGGGCUAUCAUGUCUGUCUUCCCUGUCAUCAUGUACUUCUGGAAAAGGUUUUGCAACUGGAAGGCAACACGCUCUUAUGAAGAAUACAUGGGGAAGAAGUUUAAGGAUGGAAGAUCCCCUCCCAAGCCUAUAUACAAGUACCCACCAUGGAGUGGAGGCGACCACGCUGUCUUAAGGUUCACCUUGCUCAGAGGUGUUGAAUGGUUUCGACCUCAGCAGACCCGGGAGGCAGUGGCAAAUUCUGUCCAAAACUCUCCGUGAGGAAGGUGCAUAAGCCUCCCUGUGCUCAUUUCGGGCACCACACGCCAUCUCUGCUAAGAGGCCACCACCUGCUUUCUCCUUACACGUGGUCUACCUGCUGGACAGCAUCUCCAUCCUAUACCUUCUGCUCCCUGGAGGCUCCCACUAUGAGCUUCUCAUGACCGUAACAAGUCCCUGGUCCUUGCCUUCCUUGUCGGGAGCACGGUGUAUGCUUUCUCUUUCUCAUCUUCAGCCUGUAGGAGCCUACUUCACCGCCAAGCGGCAUCACACCGCCUCUGUUUCCACACAGCCUCUCCCAGAAGGCCUUCCGUUCUUUCCCAGUUGUUAACUUUUGUUUGGGGGAGGAGGUUGGGUUGUCCCUUUUCUGCUUCUCUAAGGUGGGAAACGUCAGUACAAAUGCGAUUCUAUUGUUCAUUUUCAAUCUGUUUUUAUAUCCAUGGGUCCAUGAAAAAUCUCCUAAGAUAAGAAAAUAAGACUCCCACAAACCAGGUCUUCAGGACACCUCUACAGCAUUAGAUAUCACCUUCCCUUGCCCAGCCCCUUCCCUGGAAGGUGAAAGCAGAUAACUUUGCAUCAAAAGUAGAAGCUAAUGCAAUGCACCCUCUGGAUAUUACUAAUAAAUUCCAAACCCAAUAGUAACUUACCGAUUUAAACCAUUAUGUGGCCAUUAUAAUUCAAUACCUAAAUAACAUAAAACUAUGAUCAUAGCUAUUUUAUGAAAAUAUGUAUUUAUAUAGAAUGAAGAUACCUUUAAAUUUAGAUCCUGAUAGCUAUCAAAUAAGAAAUCUUACUGGGUUAAAGAGAUAGCUCAGUGAUUAAGAAUGUCUACUGCUCCUGCAGAGGACCUGAGUUCAGCUCCCAGCAGCCACAACUGCUAUAACUCCAGCUGCAGAGGACCUGACACCUCUCUCUCUGAAGGCACCUGCUCUCACAUGGCAUACACACACAAACUCACACAUAAUUAAGAAUAAUAAAAUAGGGCCAGGCAUAGUAGUGCCUGUAUUUAAUCCCAGAAUUCAGGAGGCAAAGGCAGGCAGAUCUCUUAAGUUUGGUGUCAACGUGGUCUAUAUAGUGAGUUUUAGGUCAUUCAGUGCUACAUAGAGGGACACUGUCUCAAAAAGGAAAAGAGGAAGAAUGAGGAGGAGGAAGAGAAGAAUUCUUAAAACUUUAGAUAAAAUAUAUUCCUAAUUAUACUCAUUCAUAAACAUUCAUUUUUUUAAACUUCCAAGAAUACCAGUAUAUUUUUUGAGUAAUCAAAAAGUAAGAAUGUCAGGGCCUAUAUUCACGCUGCAAUGUUAUUACAACAAGGUACCACUUGGUAUUCAGGAAAGCAAAGCAAAGUAUUUCCAAACCCCCAUAAUCUCAUAUAAUUGCAUGCUUAGUCACCAGAGAGUGGAACAGUUUGAAAAGGAUUGGGGGUGUGUCCUUGUUGGAGGAAGUGUGUCAAAAGGGGUGGGAUUUGAGGUUUCAAAAGUCCAUGUCAGGCCUAGUGUCUUUCUUUUUGCCUGCCACCUGUGGAUCAGGAUGUAAUGCUCUCAGUUACUUGUAAACAGAGACUGCUCUUUUGUUGCCAGCCACCCAGACCCAAAUAAUCACACAGAA